AUGGAGCUGAAAGAUCUGACACCUCUGCUGCUGCAGCGCGAAAGAGAGUCGAGUGAUGUGGAUGUCGAGUUGCUGACAAACACUCUCCGUGGUGGCCAUGCUGCCAACGUUCACCGGAAAGACGCCGAAGCUGCGAUCUCCCGACAUUUUGUGCUCUCAAAGCGAGACACAGCCUUUCAAAAUCACACGCAGCGAUACGAGACUGCCCUCGAGAAGACGUACCACUACGUGAAGCUCAUCCAGAGCGGUAAAGUGGACAGUGACGCCCAGCAGAUCAUGUACGAUGUUAUCGGCGAGAAGCUCCCGAUCCAAGUACACCGCUCCAUGUUCAUCCCGACUUUAGAGAACCAAGCGGACGACGAGCAACAAGCUCAUUGGCUGCCUCUCGCCACGUCGUAUCGGAUCCUUGGAGCCUACGCACAGACAGAAUUGGGUCACGGCUCCAACGUACAAGUCGCAAAUGGUGGCCUGGAGGGCUAG